GACUGACUGUGUCUGCGACUGGAUUGCUCAAGGGUCAGGUGAUAUAGUGUCACAAAGUGAGUAGGGUAGGUAGUAACUUGUGGUAGGUGGAUGAGCUUCCGUCCUACACCACCACAUAUCCAUCGCACCAUCGCAACAUGUCAGACCCGGUCAUGGGGCAUCUUACGGCACACAAGAUGAUGCGCACCCGGCUUUCAUUCUGACGGACUCGAUGCGAGCAUGCGAAUCACCUCGUCGUUGAGGUCCGAGAUUGUCCGAUGAUGUCGGGACGCACAAGCAUACUACUAGUUGUAGUGCUCAUUGCGCUCACCGAUGAUGGUCCCCCCCAAAACCAACUUCAAAGUCCAGGGUUCCUGAUUGAUCUGGCUACACUAGUCUCCUGUCUCCAUCCCAAGACUGUGUCACAAGUGAGGCUGUCUAGUGUAGGUACCAUCCGUUUCAUAACUCGACAUCUUGCUCACUGCUUGAUGAGUGCUCACAUCUCACCAUCAGAUUACCCACACACAUAUCUAUGUAGCAAGGUGACGCUACAUUGGAACUUUUGUCUAGCACCCAGCAGGUGAUGAACGCAGGCUUUGUGUUGGCCAGUCAAGUUCGUUUCCCGGAGCUAUUUUACCGACCGUUCGGCAAAAAGCGAGAACCGAACAAGUAACAGGUUUGACAGGAGUGGGGGCGGCCUGCCA